AUGGGGUCCAUGCCGCCCUCAUUAUUCUCUUCACUCCCGGAAGUCGCCAAGGAUGAAGUGUUCAGUCUGAUGGCACAAUACCACGCAGACACAGAUCCAAAUCGCGUGAACUUGGGCGCUGGAGUGUAUUGCUGCGACGAGGGCAAGUCCUGGCCUUUGAGAGUGGUCGGUCAAGUUGAGAAGAAUCUCCACGAGCUGCAAGAUAUCGGCCGACAUGACUACUUGGCCAUCGAAGGGGACCCAAGGUUCCUGGCCGUUGCGCGCGACUUGCUUUUCUCUUCUGCUUUUGAAUCGGAAGACGACCUACGACGAUCAACCGACUCCCGCAUCGUCUCCGUCCAGACAAUCUCCGGCACAGGUGCCAAUCAUAUCGGCGCUCGAUUCUUGGCUGAGAAUCUUCGUCCGCGUCGUGUCUGGUUGUCAAAUCCUACCUGGGCGAAUCAUCACGCGAUCUGGGAGUCUGUAGGUGUGCCUGUACGAGAAUAUCCUUACUACAACAAGGACAGUCGAACACUCGACUUUGAUGCCAUGAUAGCCACGCUGGAACGAGAAGCACAGUCCGAAGACGUGAUUGUUCUCCAUGCCUGCGCCCAUAACCCGACUGGUAUCGAUCCUUCGCACGAUCAGUGGAUGGCUAUUGCAGAACUCUGCCAAAGAAAACAACUAUUCCCCUUCUUCGACAGUGCAUAUCAAGGGUUCGCCUCUGGAAGUCCCGUGCAGGACGCUUGGGCUGUCUGCCACUUCUAUGGUCUACAACCGCCCGUGGAGAUGUGUGUGGCGCAAUCUUUCUCCAAGAACUUCGGCCUUUAUGGUCAGCGAGCUGGCGCGUUCCAUUUGGUCAUGAAUGACCCUUCUUAUGCGGCCCGAGAUACUGUCCUUGCGAAUCUAUCACACCUCAUUCGAUCGGAAUACUCUGUUUCCCCGCGAUAUGGCUCCACAAUCAUCAAGACCGUUUUGGAGAGCAAGUCGUUGUCGAAGGAAUGGUUGGCCGAUCUGAAAACCAUUAGUGGUCGCAUCAAGUCGAUGAGAGCUGCGCUUUAUGAUGAGCUUUGUCGUCUGAAGACUCCGGGGUCGUGGGUUCAUAUCGUUGACCAGAUCGGCAUGUUCUCCUACACCGGCCUGAGCGCAACUGAAGUGGAGAUCCUUCGGAAACAGUUUCACAUUUAUAUGCUUUCUUCUGGACGGAUAUCGGUCGCAGGACGUGAGUAA